AUGCAUCUCAUCGUCAGCAGUGCUGAAUGGAUUCAAGAAGAAAAGGCAGCAAAAACUAUUCAGAGAGCAUGGUGGAUUCAUGUAAAAACAAGGUUGUUUAAGCUCCUGAAACAUACAAUCUGUGCAGCGGAGCAUUGCAUUAGUCAAGAUAUUUUGAAAAGAGUGAGUCCCUUGGAGGCUGAACUUCUUAAGGAUCCUAGUAUUCUAUGCAAAGUCCGAUUCAGAUUUGCAGGGUCUAACUUUCCCCCUUUCAUUGUGUUCAAGAUAUUUUGCAUCUCAGGGGGCCAAGGCAGCAAAUACAUCAGUGGAAAAACAAUAAUAACACCAAGAAGUGAGGCAGCUGUUGAUGCUUGCAGAUUAAUGGGAUAUCGAAAGUAUUAUAAGCAGAUGUUGCAGGAUGAGCUUCAGUUUAAAAAAUAUGGAGUAACAGAUGAGGUAGAUGUGGCUACAGUAAAAGAUUACAUGCAAUAUAGCAGUCAUUUGGAUGAGACUCCAGCAUACUUUGGUGGCAGACAUAACUACUGGAGAAGAUUAUCAUUGGAAAAUUUUCCCAGGGCAAUGAUAAUGUAUGACAUCAUGGAGUAUGCACAGUGUGGGAAAAUGUCUGCCAGACUGAGGUGUGAACUUCCAUUUCUGCUGCUGAGGCCAGAGAAUGAAGAGACCUACCGUGCUCAACUCAUGGCUGUUUGUCAAAUCAGAUUUGUUACACCAAAACCCACAACAGUCAGCCCACUGGGAUUAGUCCGAUGGUCAGCACCCAGAUCUUCUGAACGUCGCUCUUAUCAAGCUCGGCAGAAGAUUGCAAAAAUGAGGAAGGCUUAUAAGCUUGAUAAAGAAAAAAUGGAACAGAAGAUGGAUAUUUCAACUCCUUUAACUGGUCAUCAAGAAGUUAAAAUUCCAUUACAGGAAGGCACAGCUAACCGAGCUCUAUUUGUAGAGGAAGAAUGGGAGAAAGAGGCAGCAAAGCUUUUUGCCUGGUCAAAAUCACUUGGUGAAGAUACUGGAAAUGACCUCCACUAAAUGUGUUUUUCCAAACAAAAAACAUCUGAAAUCGCACUGGGGCUUCUGUUGUAGUAAAACAAAGU